AUGUAAUUCGCCUAAUAGUUGCCGUUAAUUAUACAAUAAAGUCAUUACCGAUAAGUUGAUGGCAUUUCGAAUUCUAAUUCUUAUCUGAAUCACAUAAGUUCUGGUGCAAAAAGUUGUUGCGGAACUUUAACGCCAGCGCAGUGCCAAAAGCUCAGUGUUAUUGAAAACCCCACAAAGUCAAAAAAGUCGAAGAAGACAAGCAAAAUGCGAGGUGGCAGAAAACCAACAAAGAGUGGCUCUUUGUAAGCCGAACGCAAACCGAAAAAAAAGAAGUUGGCUCGAUCCGGACUAAUUGCCUGAAAUGGGCUAGCUGGGAAAUAACAAAACACGCUGUCGCGAGCGAGAUAAAAACACCGGGGCAAACCGGACAGAGAACUCAGUUCUCCGCCGAACGACAAAAGCGGCGCACCAUUAUUUCACUUUUCACCCGUGGCUCCGUUCACAUCGCACGUUCGAGCAAAUAGAACGCGAAAAUCCCGGCGGAGCGUUAAUUUUUGCAUACAAUGGAGUACCUGAGCUACGUGUACGAGAAAAUCUUCGGGGGCAGUCCACCCACAACGGACGACACGGAAGGGGCUUUCCACACACCCCGCAAGGUCAUCUGCUUCGGGAACGUCCUGCUAGACCGACUGGUCAAACUCGAGGAUCCACAACUCCUGGAGCGUUAUGGAUUGGAACUGGGAUCCAAGGGGGAACUCGACAUGGAAAAACUUAACCAGUUGGCGGCCGAAGCGUCAGAGAGCUCUCAGUGCCUUACAAAUCCGGGUGGCUCUGCCCUCAACACUGCCCGCAUCCUCAAGCAACUGGGCACGGAUGCCCUGUUCUUUGGCGCCGUGGGCGCAGAUAAGCACGCCGAGGAGCUGCGCCUGAUCUUCAGGGAGCGUGGCAUCGAGGCCAUGUUGCAGACGGUGGAGGAGGCACACACCGGACAGUGCCUGUGCCUCGUGUACCAGGACAACCCCACGCUGUACGCCAACAUCGGGGCCUCGGCCCAGUUCGAGGUGCAGACCCUGAGUCACGCCGUCAGCCACGAGGGCCAGAGCUUCCUGCGGCCCGUGGAGCGCAAGCAGAUCCUGUACCUGGAGGGCUUUUUCGUGCCCCAAAGGAGCGAGGUGUGCGACUACAUAGUGCAGCACUUGGUGAGGGAGCGGCGGCGACUGGCCCUCAACCUCAGUGCUCCCUAUAUAGUCAAGAAAAAUCCACAAGCAAUGCUGAGGCUGGCCCGCGUUGCCUUCUUUCUGUUCGGCAACCGACAGGAGUUUGAGGCGCUGGCUGAGGCAGCGGGAGGAUUCCGCGACGUCGACGAGCUCGCGCAGCACCUUCUGCAGUCCGGCGGCACCAAGGUCAUCUUCGUCACGAACGGCAGUGCCGGCGUGCAGGUGAUCACCAACUAUGUGGAGGAGCUGGCUCCUCCUGGGCCCGUCAGCUUCGAGGACUACAGGGCGCAGCGCGUGGAGCAGGUGGUGGAUGCCACUGGUGCAGGGGACGCCUUUGUCGCUGGGUUCCUGCACGCCUGGCUGGAGAAGCGGUCGCUGGGCGAGUGCAUCCGCAUGGCCUCCAACGUGGCCGCCAAGGUCGUCACCCAGGUGGGCUGCAAUCUGCCCUAGCCCACAUGCAGUGCAAUCUCGGAAAGCGCACAAUCAAGCACCAAAGUAGAAUCAUAGCAUGUAAUUGCUCCCGCAAUCUCCACAAACCUUAGGCUUACUCAAACCGUUAUCCACGGAUUCCCACAAGCAAUGAUCAUUAGUCACAAUUUGACUAAAUAAAAGUGAUUUACAUUUCGCCCACUGAAAGAUAAGAGAA